AAAAUUGGCAUUUAGGGAAUUUUUUAGUAAAAGUAGAAAAUGUAUAUGAAAUCACUAAAAAACAAAAUCCAUACUAAAUACAUAGCUAAAAAAAGGCGCUUUUAAAUUUAAAAAUUUUAUCAGGAAUUAUUUCUUAUCAAAAAGGUGUGUCUGAUCACAAAAUAAUAUCAAACUAUUUAUCUUGCUACUUAAGAUUUUUUAAUAUUUGAUGAAAUUUAGUAAAGGAAAGAAUAAAAAGUAGAACUAAAUCAUUUAAUAUAGAUGCACAGUGAAAAAAAAGAUUUUAAACUUAAUUCUGCUGCCACUUCAGAUUUAUUUUACAAUAGACAGUAAUUUAUUUAACUCGUUAAUGAGCAAAUUUAACUUUUGGAGACAUCUGUAGAUAGUUAGAAUCUUAAUGAGCAGUAUAAAUUCUUAUCUGGUUUCUUAAGAGAGAGUAGUAGCUUAGUUAUUUUUUUGCAGCAACAAAUGUAAACUCUUUACAAGUUAAGAAUUUAUCAAUUAUCUGCUGUUUCGGUUGAAAGAAAUCAGCUAACUCCACCAAAAUAUGAUUAUUUGAGUAAUACUGAAUGUACAUUUUAAGAUUUGUUUAGUAGAAACGAGCAGCUUAAAAGUCAAUCUUCCUUUCAAAGGGCUUUUGAUAAAUCUGUUUAGUAAAGCGAUUCUAAUUUUUACAUUUACCCGAAGCAACUAGCUGAAGAAAAUAAUAGUUAAAACAAUAAUAAGUAUUUUGAUUAUAUGAACAAUAUUACUCCUCAACAAUAUUAAUAAAAGUAUUAACUUUACAACAACUCUUCUUUUUUUAAUGAUAAAAACGAAGAUUUAUUUCCUGUAAAUCUUAGUGAGUCCUUUAAGAAAAUUAAGAACUACUCAGAUUUUUUCGAUAACCAAAAUAACAAGCAAUCUACUAACUUUUCUGAAUACUUUGAUACUAAGAAUAGAUACAGAAUACUUAAGCAAUAAAACCUUGAGCUAGAUUUCAUCAAAGUUAAACAACCAACCAUCACAGAUGAGGCUAAAGAAAAUUAUGUCAGCUAAUUUGGCAAUUAAAGUUAGGGCAAGCAAAUAAAAAUUGUAAAAAAGAAUACCUGUAGUAACAAUAAUUUGGCUAUAUUUUCUUCUCCACAGCAAGCGAUGGCUCAAGAAGAAAAGAUACAGUCUAAGAACUUCUCGUUUGAAGACAUGGAUGUUUAUGAAGAAAAAAAUACAGAUAAAAAUUAUAACUAAAAGUUUUUAAGACAAGAAAUUCCCGUUUAAGAGUUUUAACUUUUAAAUUUGCCUGGUUCUUCUCCCAAGCAGCAGAAUGGUGGCACUCCUUAUAAAACAUUUAAAGAAAAGUAGCUCUAUUAAAAACCAAUAAAUUCUAAUUAAACCAAACAAAUAUAGAAAUUCAAUUAAAAUAAUAGCUAUCUAGACUAUGAUUUUGACAUACAAGAAGGAAGUGUUUUAAAAAAUUGUUAAAAAUUGAAUAUUUUAAAUAAUUAGGUUACAAAUAAUUAAAAUGAGAAGAAGUCUUUUAACAUGGAUAAUUCUAAAUAAAUUAAUGUAUUAGGUACUUUGCAAAAAAAUAUUUAAGAAAAUGGCUAAAUUGAUUCAUCUCAAUUUAAGUAAAAUCACUACAAAAAUGAUAUUUCAAAUACAUAAGAAAGGAAUACUUAAAACAAUUUGCUUGGAGGAGCUUAAAACAUUUUACAGACAAAUAAUUAAUGCAAUUUAUUGAAUAAUUCUAAUUAAAAAUUAAAUAUUUAAAAUAGUUAAAUAUCAAAGAUUUCUAAUAAUCAAUAAAGUAAUAAAUAAAACUAAUAAAGUAAUUUAAGUAGUUAAUAAGGUCAAGUUUCUUACAGUUAAUAAAGUUCUCACUUAAAUACUUAAUAAAGCUCAAAUGAAAAAUAAAAUUCUAAUUUAUUUUAAGGAAAAAUAAGCUAAAAACCACAACGAAAGAAAAAAGAAAGAGCAAAAAAAAUCUUGAAAGCAUACUAUCAGCAGAACAGCGAUGAAUCCUUAAGCAGCAAUCCAAUUGAUAAGAAGAAAAAAAUAUCUAAAACCAAUAACAAGCUUGCUACCUCAAUGAGAAGUAAAAUAUAAGAAAAUGAUAAAAUAAAGACAAAAUUAAGUAAAAGAGAUUCAAAUUAUGGUGAUAGUAAUUUAGAAGAAUCUCUAUUUGAAAAUGAUACUAGCGAAGAAAGCAGCAAUUCUGACUUAUAUUAUGAUUAAGAAAGUGAAAAUGAUGAUAAUGAUAGCUUAAAGCAAGAGUCAGAUAAAAGUUUCGAUGAAGAUUAGUCUUUUUCAUACUCAGAUGAAGAGAAUUUAGACGACAAAGGUUUUAUAGAAACAUAGCAAGCAAAUAACUCUAGUAAACUGAAUUUGACAACAAAAUCAAAAAGAGGGCAUUACAAAAAAUAUUCUGUGAAACUAAAGAAAAAAUUGGUUAAUCUACUUCUGGAAGGAGAAUAGCCAAAGGAUCUCUCUUAAAAAUAUAAUAUUCCUAUGAAAAAUUUAUAAAGAUGGAAAAUUUAUGGUGCUGAAAGAAGGGAAGGAGGAGGAAGAAAGAUCAUGGAUUUAAAUAUGGAAGUUAUUCUUUUAGAGUAUUGUAUUGAUUAUACAUUAAGAGGAAGGUGUAGAUGUCCUAGAAAAUUAAUUAUGCAAAAAGCAAGAGAUUUUACUAAAGAGGCUAAUAAGUUUAAAGGAUCAAAAGGUUGGCUUGAUAAAUACUCUACUAGAACUGGUCUGUCAAAGAUAAUGUCAGAGUAUAAACAAUUAAAGAUUAGUAAUGAGAGAGAAAUCUUCAAAUAUGUUAAAUGUAAAUCAAUUGAGCAUAUUAAAUAAAAGAUAAAAUAGGUAAAUCCUCUAAACAUAUUUACAAGUUAGCAAUACAUUAAAUUUUUAGAAGGGCAACUUUCUGUUUAUUAGAAUUUUUGGGAAAUUGAAUUACCUUGCUAUAAAAACAUUUCUAGUUAAUAUUGGCAGUAUUAUGAAAAUAGAAACACAAUUUAACUAAUUUAAAAUAACAUCUUUAGUGAUGUUAUAACUGAAUAUAAAAAAUUUAAUAAGUGUUCUAAAUUAAAUGACCUUAACUAUUACUUUGGUAUUCCAUCUGAAUAUUUCUUAAAAUGUCUUUGCCUUUAAAAUUGCUCUGAGAAAAGCAAGCAACCAAACGAUUAAACAAUACAACAUUAAAAUUUGAAAGAACAGUCUUAGAUAGUUUAAGAAGCAAAUUCAGAAUAUUUAAAGCAGGAUCUCAUAAAAUAAGUAAAAAAAGAAGCAGUUGAAGAGAGAAUGCAAAGCUCAGCAGUUUUGGUAGAUGAUAAUUAAAAUUUUGUUUUUAGUCCUUUGAUAAUAAGAAGUAAAAAUGUACCAAAAUAUAACAUUAAACAAUCUUAUGAUUUAAAAGAUAAACAAACUGAGUUAAAUAAUUUAAUUGAAGGAUAAAAUUAAACUGAUCAAAAUGACUAAAUAUUCAAUAAAUAAGAUAAAUAAAUUAAUCACUUCAGCUAACAAAAAUACAAAUAUGCUCAAUUAAUUAGUGAUGACGAUAGUUCGAUUGAAGAGAUUUUCAGGAAUUAUGAAAAUAAUAUUGACUGA